UUAGUGGCGGCGCUCGGGUCUCGCGUGAGUGCCGGGGGGGGCAGAGUGAGUGAGUGAGUGAGUGAGUGAGUGGGUGAGUGCGGGACCGAGUGCCCCGAGUGGGAGCGGAACAGGAGGGAGGAGCGGGCCCGGCGGCUCAUGGAGCCCACAGUAUCUGAUAUUGGCCCCACGCCUGCUGAUUUGCUUCUGUGGUUACUUUGACCCUCGCAUACCUGAGGAUACGCCCAGCAAAUUCCUUAAAGACCUCUCUAUGCUUGCUAAAGACUGGAAGAAUGGCAUUGAACAACAGAAACGGUGAAUUUUUGGCUCUUAGCAAUGGCAACAUCCCUUCCAAAACCCUGUCAGCAAGCCACCCCACAGCCAUUGACGGAGACCAGCAGCACCCUUCCACAGAUGAAGGAAGACUUAAAGUGAGUCCCAAUGGAUGCCUUUCACACAAUGGGGCGGCCAAACCUUGUUCUUUGUUUCUUGAAAACCAAAGAACUCCAGUUAUUUCCCAGUGCUGCCAGCCCUGCUCAUACCAUCAUUCUUUACACAACCAUAACAGCCCACAAGACUGUGUUCCACGGACAGGUGGAACUGCUACUUCUGCACUGAAUUCUGGCUGCCUACAGCCACGAACAGAGUUCUCCACAAACUCAGGUUGCCAAAACCAUCCACCCAUAUAUCACCCUGCCUGUUGUCUUCAACCCUCACAGUCAUUCUGCCUUCAUCAGUGGCGUGAUCAUUUUCAGCAUCAGCAAGUGCCACACCAUUUAGUAAACUUAAGGGCUGCCAAACCAUUCCAGUUACCCAGAAGCUACGCUGCUUUGAUAGCUGACUGGCCUGUUGUGGUUCUGGGCAUGUGUACUGUAAUUAUAGUGGUUUGUGCCCUGGUUGGCAUCCUGGUGCCUGAUCUUCCAGACUUCUCCGAUCCACUUCUGGGUUUUGAGCCCAGAGGGACGGCGAUCGGACAAAGACUGGUGACAUGGAAUAACAUGGUGAAAAACACUGGCUACAAAGCAACACUGGCCAACUAUCCAUUUAAAUAUGCAGACGAGCAGGCAAAAAACCAUCAAGAUGACAGGUGGUCAGAAGAUCAUUAUGAGCGAGAGAAGAGACAAGCAGACUGGAACUUUCACAAGGACAGUUUCUUCUGUGCUGUCCCAAAUGACCAUUAUUCUCGAGUAGUAUUUACAUCUGUGGAAGGAGAGAAUCUGUGGAACUUGCGAUCAAUCAAGUCGAUGUGCAGUAUAGAUAAUUCAAGGAUUAGAUCCCACCCCCAGUUUGCAGACUUGUGCCAGCGUACCUCUGCGGACUCCUGUUGCCCAAGCUGGACGUUGGGGAACUAUAUUGCCAUCUUAAAUAACAGGUCAUCUUGUCAGAAGAUUGUAGAACGAGAUGUCUCCCACACACUCAAGCUGAUUCGCACAUGUGCCAAAUACUAUCAUAAUGGGACAUUGGGGCCAGACUGCUGGGAUAUGGCGGCCAAGAGGAAGGACCAGCUGAAGUGUACAAAUGUGCCUCGCAAAUGUACAAAGUACAACGCAGUUUACCAGAUUCUUCACUACUUAGUAGAUAAAGAUUUUUUAAGCCCAAAGACUGCUGAGUAUGUAAUGCCAGCUUUAAAGCAUAGUAUGCUUUUCUCCCCAACAGAAAAGGGGGAAUCCAUGAUGAGAAUUUAUCUGGACAAUUUUGAGAACUGGAACUGCUCCGACGGUGUCACUACGGUGACCGGGAUUGAGUUUGGGAUCAAACAUAGUUUGUUUCAAGACUAUCUAUUAAUGGAUACCGUGUAUCCAGCAAUUGCCAUUGUAAUCGUUCUGUUGGUGAUGUGCGUAUACACCAGGUCAAUGUUCAUUACGCUGAUGACCAUGUUUGCCAUAAUUAGUUCACUAAUUGUAUCUUAUUUUCUGUAUCGAGUAGUAUUUAACUUUGAGUUUUUCCCCUUCAUGAACCUCACUGCACUAAUAAUUCUUGUUGGAAUUGGAGCGGACGAUGCGUUCGUCUUAUGUGACGUCUGGAACUACACCAAGUUCGACAAACCCCACGCAGAAACGUCGGAAACCGUUUCCACCACUCUGCAACAUGCUGCUUUGUCCAUGUUUGUCACCAGCUUUACCACCGCCGCUGCCUUUUAUGCAAACUACAUCAGCAACAUCACAGCCAUCCGGUGCUUUGGUGUCUAUGCUGGCACAGCCAUAUUGGUCAAUUAUGUUUUAAUGGUAACCUGGCUCCCCGCAGUGGUUGUUUUACACGAGCGUUAUCUCCUCAACAUAUUCAGUUGUUUCAAAAAGCCACAACAGCGGCAGUAUAAUAAGAAGAGCUGCUGGAAUGUACUGUGGGAGAAGGCACAGAGUCUCCUUUUUACAUUCUCCGAAGCUUCACGAAUAUUCUUUGAAAAGGUCUUGCCAUGCAUAGUUAUAAAAUUUCGAUAUAUUUGGGUGUUCUGGUUCCUUGCUAUAACUGUCGGUGGGGCAUACAUUGUAUGUGUUAAUCCAAAGAUGAAAUUGCCUUCCUUGGAGCUUUCCGAAUUCCAGGUGUUUAGGGCCUCUCAUCCCUUCGAGCGCUACGAUUCAGAGUACAAGAAAAUAUUUAUGUUUGAACGAGUCCAUCAUGGAGAGGAGCUCCAUAUGCCUAUAACCAUUGUGUGGGGCGUUUCUCCAGAAGAUAAUGGGGAUCCCCUCAAUCCCAAAAGCAAAGGCAAGCUUAAGUUAGAUAGUAGCUUUAAUAUUGCAAGUCCAGCAUCUCAACAGUGGAUUUUGCGUUUUUGCCAAAAGUUAAAGAACCAAACCUUUUUCUACCAAACCGACGAACAAGACUUUACCAGCUGUUUCAUUGAGACCUUUAAACAGUGGAUGGAAAAUCAAGAUUGCGAUGAACCGUCUCUGUACCCGUGUUGCAGCCAGUCCAGCUUUCCGUAUAAGCAGGAAGUCUUUGAGCUUUGCAUUAAGAGAGCAAUCAUGGAGCUUGAGAGAAGCACUGGCUAUCAUUUGGACAGCAAGACGCCCGGCCCACGAUUUGACAUCAACGAUACAAUCAGAGCCGUGGUGCUGGAAUUUCCAAGUACCUACCUUUUUACCCUAGCUUAUGAAAAAAUGCACCAGUUUUACAAGGAAGUAAAUGCAUGGAUUGCAAAUGAACUUCAGUCUGCUCCUGAAGGCCUAAGCAACGGAUGGUUUGUAAGUAACCUAGAAUUUUAUGACUUGCAAGACAGCCUCUCUGACGGAACACUCAUCGCUAUGGGAUUGUCUGUGGCUGUUGCUUUUAGUGUAAUGCUGCUGACAACAUGGAAUAUCAUUCUAAGUGUCUAUGCUAUUGUGUCAAUAGCUGGCACCAUAUUUGUUACUGUAGGUUCUCUUGUCCUUCUGGGAUGGGAGCUAAAUGUGCUGGAAUCUGUCACAAUAUCCGUUGCCGUGGGCCUGUCUGUGGAUUUUGCAGUACAUUACGGCGUGGCAUAUCGCCUGGCUCCCGAUCCAGACAGAGAAGGAAAAGUAGUCUUCUCUCUGAGUCGUAUGGGUUCUGCUAUCGCAAUGGCUGCUCUGACCACCUUUGUUGCUGGAGCCAUGAUGAUGCCCUCCACUGUCCUGGCUUACACCCAGCUAGGUACUUUCAUGAUGCUAAUCAUGUGCGUCAGCUGGGCUUUUGCAACUUUCUUUUUCCAGUGUAUGUGCCGGUGCCUCGGGCCCCAAGGAACCUGCGGUCAAAUACCAUUGCCAAAAAAAUUACAGUUCAAAGCCUUUUCUCAAGCAUUAUCAUCCCGCACUGCAGAAAGGGGCCAAAACAAGCUCAAUCACAGUAACAAAUAUCAGCUAGACACUAGAGGUACAAAAACAGAUGUGGAACACGAACAUUAUGAAUUGGAGCCUUUAGCAACACAUAAUUGUAGCACAUCGUGAGACUUUUUUUUUUUAUAUAAAUAAAGAGACUUCUCAGAGUUAUAUAUUGAUAUAUUAUUAAAUGCACCUGCACCUCCAAGUUCACUGUACCGCUCCAUGGAAUGAACGUUUCUUCUACUCAAAGGUAUCCCUCAAAGAGUCAGCAUGCCAGUUUAUCUCUCAGAUCAAAAAUCCUCCAGGUCUGUACCAUCCAGAAAGUCAAUCAAAAUAUUGCCUGGUGUAAUAUUCCAUCUUCAGCCAGUAAGGUCCAACUCAAGACAGAGCUUCCACUCACUCAGCUGCACAAAACCUAUACCCCACAUCUACAUUCUGCUUUUGCUUCAUUUGCCAAAGUGUUGUUACUCAUGUUUUUCUGUAAUUAUUUCUAAAGAAUGUGUUCUUCAACAGAAGCAGAAACAGCCUAAGGGUGAAGACACACAGAGCUACUAGUAGCAGCUACUUGUCACGGCUACUAAAACCGACAAUGCUGAUCAUUUACUGAUAAUUGUCUCUAUUCUCAGAAUUGUCUGGGGUUUAGUAGCCGGGACAAGUAGCUGCUACUAAGUAGCUCUGUGUAUCUUCACCCUAACAGUUGCAGUGUUUGUAGAGGAAACAGAUAGCACUUCAUUCCUUACAGAUCAGAUGUUUCAUUAUAUCCCGGUGGUGCACAAACUACAGCCUUCUAGCUGAUCCGUAAACAAGACAUCUGCUGCUGACCAGAGAGACAAGGGUGUUAUAGUUUAACAACAGCUGGAGGGCUGUAGUGGGAGCAUCUUUACCUUAUGUGAAUGUUUAGGAACCAAAAUAACCAGAACUUGACAUUUAAAAUCAACUUGGAAAAGCUGCCCAAUAGCAGCGCCACAAGACACGACUGUUGUAAUGGUUAAGUGCAACUCUUUUGAUUGUCCUAUGCCAAACAUUGAAGCCAACGUGCCUGCUGUAUUGAGAGGUUUAGAACUAUCAAAUAAAAGUUUAUGUCAAUAAAACUAUAAAUAAAUGUAUAUUUGGUGAUGAGCUUUCUUGCACUGAGUAAAAAAAAUUCAGAC